GAAUUAUAAAAAUAUAAAUAACCUAAUUUGAGUAAGUCAACAGAAUAUAGUUAGUGCAUUUAAAUAUUUAAAUAAAUAAAAGGUAGAUAUGGCUGAGUUGCUGCUGGAUCCGAAUAUUCGUGGAUGGGUUUUUUUGCCAAUUGUUGUGAUAACAUUUCUCGUUGGCAUAGUAAGACAUUAUGUGUCUAUUUUACUUGCAUCACAGAAAAAAGUUGAAAUUCAUCAGGUUCAAGAUAGUCAAGUUAUGAUCAGAUCAAGAUUAUUACGUGAGAACGGUCACUACAUUCCAAAGUCUGCAUUUUUAAUUCGUAGGCAUUUUUUUAAUAAUGAAGAAACUGGAUAUUUUAAAACACAAAAACGCGCACCAGUGUCACAAAACCCGAUGACUGACCCAAGUAUGAUGACUGACAUGUUGAAGGGUAACGUUACGAAUGUACUGCCUAUGGUACUUAUUGGUGGUUGGAUCAACUGGAUGUUCUCUGGAUUUGUUACCACAAAAGUGCCAUUCCCAUUGACGUUAAGAUUCAAACCGAUGCUCCAACGAGGAAUAGAACUCGUCACUCUAGAUGCUGCCUGGGUGUCAUCAGCCUCCUGGUAUUUCCUCAACGUCUUUGGGCUCCGUUCAAUCUACACUUUGGUGCUGGGAGAAAAUAACGCAGCGGACUCGUCAAAAGUCUUGCAAGAUCAAGUCUCAGGAGCCGCGAUGUCGAUGCCACCGGAUCCAAAAGCGGCAUUCAAGUCUGAGUGGGAAGCCCUAGAAAUUUGCGAGCACAAUUGGGCGUUGAAUGGCCUCGACAUGGAGCUGACUGGCAGCCAGACCAAAGGAGACACCACCGAUAACAUUUACCACCAAAGUAGAAAUCAUUGAUAGACUAAUUAUAUAUAUAUUUAUUUAAUUAAUAAAUUUAACAAUCAUGUAAUUAAUAACAAUUUAUUAUGAGUGUGAAUACAGCAGACAUCAGACAAAUUUAAAAUUAUAAAUAAAUAGAGCAAAUAAUUUUUAAAAAAUGCACUUAUAGAUUUUUAAAUUUUUUAAAUGUGCAUUUUUUUUUAAUUUUAUUUUAUUAAUUAUUUAGUCUAUUAAUUAAUAGUUUUAAAUUUAUCUGAUGUCUGUUACAUUCACGCUCAUCAAUUUAUUUGAUAUCUAUUGAUGGAUACAAAUCAGUGCGUCGAUGUUUAUUGCAUGGCAUAUUGUCACGUAUUUUAUUUAGUAAUUUUAAAUCUAUUUCACCGAUCGCAAUUCCAGUUUUUUCAGAACACUGGGCUAUUAUUGUGCCCCAGGGAUCUACAAUCUAUAAAUAUAUAUUUAUUAAUAAUAAAAAAUUCAUUUUUUUUGUUAUUUAA